AUGCCGAGAGCUAAGAAGCAACAAGAUCCGGACGAGUCCAUAGAGGUUGUGUCUGAAGAGCAACGCGUCCGGAAAUCCCCCAGACGAAAGAACCCAACAGAAAAGAUGACCAAGCCUGUGAAGAAGGAAACGAAGAAACCGGGACCAAAAAAAAGGGGACCCAAAAAAGCAUCCAAAGAUCAAUAUGGCUUGCCUCAAUUACUGCCGUCUAAAGAGAUUCCUCUGCCCAUAGAGUUCCCCAAAGUGAUGUCUAGAGUGCCCUCAUUGAACCAUCCAUCUCUGGCGUCAUCUACGCCAGCUCCUCCUCGCCAAAAGAUCACGGAACAGGAUAUUAUUGCGGCCACUUCGAGCCAUGAUAUUGUUGGAUACUUGAACACUCUUGUGGGGAGUGAGGCGGAAGCCAACUUGAAUGAGUAUAGGAGGACUACUAAGCUUCAGAUGGACAAUGAUGCAAGUCUCAUUCGCCAAUUGAGAACAGAGCUACAACAGAAACAAGAGCUGAUAGAUACUCUCCUUAAACAGGUGCUGCAGCUACAAAAUAACGGGUCAGCUUUGCCUGCCACUGCUAACGCUACUCCUCAAAAGAGAGUGACGGGUGAAUUGUAUAAGCUGCCCAUCAGAUCGAACUCAGCUUCCACCCUGAUGAUCAGUCUGGAUGAUCUAGCUCAGGAAAUGAAGACCAUUGGCGUUACUCUUGACAUGCUUGAGCUUCUAACGGGAGUGAGAAUUGUCAAUUACGAGGAGGACAAGGAGAAAUUCCACUUCGACGUGAAGCAGUCUAGUACUAACAGCGAAGACGACUCCAGCACCAUCACCGUGGAGUACAAACUUGUGAUAAAGAAACAAUUUGAGCUUUCUGCUGAUGUUAAUUAUAUUCCUACAUUCUUAAAGAAGGUCCCCUCCUCUGUGAAGAACAGAUUGAUAGAAAACCUCCCUGACUACUUACAGGGCAGCCUUGUGUUCCCGUACAAUACACUCAGCCAGUUCUAUGCGAAAAUGAACCGUGCUCUCAAUAAAAGCACGAAAAGCUGA